CACAGCCAGCCUAGAACAACAGCCAGCUUUCCUCUCCAUUUCUUCUCUCAAGUUCUCUUUUAAAGUCUCUCCUCUCAGUCUCUUUCAUCUCCCUCUUCGACGACCGCAACAUGGCUCCUGAGCUUGUACAGUCUGCUUUGAAACCAGCCGGGUUCACAAAGCUCGCUAGCUUACCUAGUAGGGCUUAUGUAACGUUCUUGGCUGGUGAUGGAGAUUACGUGAAAGGCGUUGUCGGGCUAGCCAAAGGCUUAAGAAAGGUCAAUACGGCAUAUCCAUUAAUCGUGGCUGUCUUACCUGACGUGCCAGAGGAACACAGGCAGAUCUUGGAAUCUCAAGGAUGUAUAGUCCGGGAAAUCGAACCCGUUUACCCGCCAGAGAACCAGACCCAGUUUGCCAUGGCUUACUACGUCAUCAACUACUCCAAGCUCCGUAUUUGGGAGUUUGUGGAAUACAGCAAGAUGAUAUACUUGGAUGGGGAUAUCCAGGUUUAUGACAACAUAGACCACCUAUUUGAUCUGCCUGAUGGGCGUUUUUAUGCGGUGAUGGAUUGUUUCUGUGAGAAAACAUGGAGUCACACUCCGCAGUAUAAGAUUGGCUAUUGCCAGCAAUGCCCUGACAAGGUUAACUGGCCAGCUGAAAUGGGUCAGCCACCAUCUCCUUACUUCAAUGCUGGCAUGUUUGUGUUUGAGCCUAGUAUUGCCACUUAUCAUGAUCUCUUGAAGACUCUCAAAGUCACUCCUCCUACCCCAUUUGCGGAACAGGACUUUUUGAACAUGUACUUCAAGGAUAUUUACACGCCAAUUCCUCUAGUCUACAAUCUUGUUCUUGCCAUGCUAUGGCGUCACCCAGAAAAUGUGGAGCUUGACAAGGUCAAAGUUGUUCACUACUGUGCUGCGGGCUCAAAGCCUUGGAGAUACACUGGCAAAGAAGAGAACAUGCAGAGAGAUGAUAUAAAGAUGCUGGUGAAGAAAUGGUGGGACAUUUACAGUGAUGAAUCACUGGACUCCAGGAAACUUGUGGCGGAUAGUACUACUGAUGCUGAGCCGGUGAACUUACAGCCAUUCAUUGCAGCUCUCUCUGAAGCCGGCGCUGUUCAAUAUGUCACUGCCCCAUCUGCUGCUUAGAGAUAAGGAUCAAAGCGCUAUUAUAGAUUUAGAAGUGAUCAUUGUUGGAAUCCUUCUCUUGAUACUAAUUUCUUGGCGUAGAAAAGAGAUACACUAUCUUCUUUCUUGGUAGCAUCUUUAUUGUCCACUCUAUCCCUCUGCUGAUUAUGGGUGGAGCAAUUGUUGAAUUAAUGCAAAUAAAAAUUGGUUAUGCUACCUAGUUUAAUUCA